UUGUAGCUGCUGAAAGGUUGUCUGGUUCGCUCUCUCUCUCCCCGCCUGCCCUGCCACCACCUGCCAGAGAAUGGCUGGCAGGACAGUCGUUGGGGCUGUGAGAGUUUGUAAGCGACCCUGUCUGUACUUGUCUGAGAGAUGGAUUGCGAGAUGGUAGGACAGAUAAGAUAACAUCGAAGCGAUAAGCCCGAUAGCGCACGCAUACAUAAUUUGACUCACUCGCCCAGAGAGCGGCCAUGCAAAGAGAUGCAGCGGGCGAUAACCCAGCACGCAUUGGCAGUCGAGCCUUUUGUAGCAGACGGGACUCACUGCUGACAGACCCGCCACCACCGAAACCACCUCAGCAGUCAGUCGCUGGGGGACGAAGCGAAGUGGGAAAGUCGAGUGAAAACUACGAACAAGUUACCCGAAGCUUUGUUUGUCGAGCGUCCGUCGGAUUUAUUCGUUCGCCAAGCCUCUCGCAGCCACUGUUGGAUUUACUCUCGGCCGGCGUGUGAAAUCUUCAAGAAGUAAAUUUGCAUCUUGACCCGCGAAAGGUCACCGCGCAGGAGAAAAUGGAAAGCUCGUCGGGUCAGCGCGCAUAGCCUUCUGACCCGUCACUUUUGCAUGCUGUGUAGCAGCCGACGAGGAAAAGAUCAAGAGUGGAGUGGUUACGCUCUUCAAACAGGCGAUGUCGCGGCGCAAACAGUCCAAUCCAAAGGCGAUCAAAGCGCCACUGGGACCAUUGGACGGAGGCAGCUCUGGCCAAGAUGCAGAUGUCAAGGAGGAAGCAUUGUCUGACCAAGGUGAAACACAAGAAGAUGAAAUGAAGGUGGAGCUCUUCACAUCACGCGGAUCGCCUUGCUCAUCAGUGGACUCCCCAGACCACAUCGAUGUGGUCAGCAAUGGGCGAUCUCCCCCAGGAUCGCCGUCACCUCUGACCUCCCCAAAGUCACUCCGCCAUCAGGCUGUGCGACCAGUGUCGUCGCUCCAGCAGAUAAAGGUAGAAAAAGAGAAGCAUGCAAACACUCACGAAGGUCAGCCAGCCACCAGUCCGCAGCCCUCGGAUGGGCAGUCAGUGACACAGGGACUCAUCAGACAUUUGCAGCUUCCCAGCGAUGUUCUCUACCUCAAGAGACUUGAAGUCACUGUUCAUGGAAACCCGACAGUAGGCUGGGUGGUCUGUAGUGCCAUCCCUUUGCCAAAAGGCAGCAGUCUCGGUCCCUUCUCUGGGGACAUGAUUCCUUCUGAUGCUAUCAAAGUAGGAGACUUGAUAGUUCAGUUCUGCAGCAAGACAGGCCACAGAGCACUAGUCAAUGUGGCAGGGCACACUGGAGCCUGGCUGGCUUUGCUGCGACCGGCACUGGAUGUUGCCUCACGAAAUACCCAUGUUUACUGGGAAGGUGGAAGAAUCUGGUGUGAGAUUGUGGCUGAUGUUGAGACAAACACAGAACUCUUGGCAACUUUUGCUUUUGACCUGGAUGAACUUCCUCUGACAGACAGAGGAUUUGCCACUGAUCCUUUGUCCCCUGCUGGAUCCACAUCUUCUGACAGACCCCUGUCCUCUGAAUCACCUCCCCAGCAACAGCCGCCGCCGCAGCAGCAGCAGCAGCAGCAGCAGUCUCCCUCAGCACUCCAGCAACCUUCACCUCCUGGACAUGCUGCUUUGAUAUAUGGAUGUCCAUUCUGUGGAGUUCGCUUCAGUAGUCCUCGUACACUUCAGGGUCAUCUGAGUUACUACUGCUCCAAAAAGAAAUCUGAUUAUAUUGUCAGGCCCAUUCCAAGGUCCAGCCAAAGUGCUGAGCUACAGAAAAGUUCCAUGCCUCAGCAUGCAGAUGUGUCAGAAAGCAAACAAGAAAUCUCUCCUAGUUCCCCAGGGGAAAGCAGUCAGUCACAUUCUCAGAGCAAACCAUGUCCGAUUGGUGGACAGAAGAGACCAGCUGCAGCUGAUGACAUUGACAUCUCUGACAUAGAAUCUUCAACUCCACCUCCAGCCAAAGCACCAUGCUAUGAACAGCAGAUCUUUACCUGCCCCUACUGUACUUACACUGCAGACAGGUCAGUCAGCUUGACAAGGCAUAUGCGAAUCCACAAUCGCCCUGCAACAACAACCCCUACGACUGAAAGAUCCGAAUCAGCCUGCAGCAGCAGCAUGCCAUCCAGACCAGGGCCAAGUCCAAGCAGAGACACCUACUGCAAAGAAUGCAACAUUCAGUUCUCUACUGCUAACACUUAUCGCUGCCAUAAAGACUUCUACUGCUCUCAAAGGCGUAGUGUGGUCAUCCCUACCCCUGCAACAUCUGACCUCAAAAGUGACGAGCAUCCUCUUAUGAUGGGGAUGCACAUGUCAGCAGCAGAUUUAUCAGCAGCUUCACUGCAACUUGCUGCUGUGGGACAAGGGGGAUUGCUAUUCCCCUCUGGACACCAGGCAGUGACCACAGUUGCUGGGAGUCUGGCCCCUGCUGGAGCCCUGGUUCCUCAAGCCCAAACAGCUGUCAUUCUGACAGCACCUGUCAUGACUCCCUCGGGUCUGGCAAACAUGGCAAUUACUAUGCCAACUGUUCUUGUGCAGUCGAUUCAGUCAGCUGCUGCUGCUGCUGUUGCAGCUGUCACUGGGCCGGUUCCAGGUCAGGCCCUUGCUUCUCCAAGGAAGAGAUCGCUGUCACCAAAGCCAGCAGAAACAAGCAUCUCUCUGCAGUCUGUGGCAGAGGAGGCUCACCAUGGAUUAUCACCCAAAAGGAUGCUUACACCUGCCAAUGAAGAUGACUUGAAAGAACUCCCCUUGGAUCUGAGUAAAAAGAAAUCUGAUUUCAUUAAACAAGAGCCAGAAGAGAAGGAAGCUGACAAGAUGAGCAUAGAAGAGAGAAAAGACACGAUGGAGAGAUCAUUAGGCUCUGCUCGGGUCAGCAUGCUGGUAUCCAGCCCAACAGCCAACACUUCUGCUGGACACAGUAGUGCAGACUCCAGCAUACAUACGCCAAUCAGCCCUACCUUAGCAACUGCAGCCUCAGCCUCUAAUCUAUCACAUUUAGUGAAUAGUUCUGCUUUUCUGCCUGGUUUCCUACCUAUGCAUCCUUUAGGAACUCCUAGUGUGGCAGGGAUUUCAGUGACUAAAUCUGGCCAACAAGUUGGUGCUGUACCAGCCAGUGUGAGCAAAUGCACAGACUGCAAUAUUAUUUUUUACAAGCAUGACAAUUUUCUUAUCCACAAGCAGCACUACUGCUCUGGGAAGAAGCAUCGUUUAGGUCCCAGUCCAGUGUCAGUCCCUGCACCUCUCCUGUCUCCAAGAAUUCAGGAAAGUUCCAGGGCCAAGUCAGCUGACAGUGCUUCCAUAUCAGCUGCUUCUUCAACAAUCACAGGUGUUGGUCAGUCUUCACCUAACAGUUCUACUUCAGGCCAUGAAUCGAGCAAUAAAAGUCAAUGUACCAAUGGUGACUACACUCGCCACUCACCAGGUAAAAGCACAACACCUGUAAAAAUUGCUUUACACAAUCCAGCAGCUGCAGCUAUGGAAGAGGUUUUCUACAAGUUUUUUUGUAUCCCGUGCAAGAUCAAGUUCAGUUCCUCCAGCAAUCUGAAAGCCCACAAAGAGUUUUACUGCCCCCAUGGGAAGAACAGUGAGCACACUGUUAUAGUUCAUACCCAAGGAGGAGAGAUAGUCAGUACGGGAGAUGAUCAAGAAGCUAGCAGCACAGAAAGGUCCCCUAGUCCUGGACAAUACCGUUGUGGUCAGUGUGAUGUAGUUUUUACCUCCUCUCGUCUUUUGAAACUCCAUCUGUGCAACAAUGAAACUGCACAGACUUCACUGUUGAGGUGUUCCCACUGCGAAUAUGUGACACAGACUGACAAACGACUGGCAGAGCAUAUGAAAGUGCAUAAGCCAACCAGUGCUUACAGAUGCACACUAUGUGGUUACCGUGGUAAUACAGUGCGUGGCAUGCGAAUGCAUGGCAAAAUGCACACAGACAAUGGAGAGGACUUUACAGACAGCCACAUGGUGGAAUAUCAAGAACCUCCUCUUGUUCCCAUUCAGACCAACAAUGGGCACAAAGUAGCUCUAGGCGCAGUAGAUAUGGAGGCAGAACUCAUCCGGCUAAAGAAUGAGCCAUAUAAACGCAGACGAUCUCGAAAAGCUUUUGAAAAAGUAGACAUUCUGGCUUUACCGGAGUCACCCCAUUCCUGUCCAGUAUGUGGUGAAUAUUUUGCAAAUGCCAGGUCCCUGAACAUGCACCUGCGUAUCCAUGAAUUUGCAACUCAGUACAACCAGGAGCUAGCACGAUGCGACCGUUGUGAAUAUAUUGCCAAAUCAAUUGAUGAUCUGAGAGCACACAUGGAAAUUUCUCAUGCAGUGGUUCCCAAAGAAGAGAAGGAGAAUCUUCCUGAUGCAUUGAAUCCAGAAAGAGUACCAUCUCGUGAGAGGACCAGCAAUGUUUGCCAACUGCCAUCAAGUGAAAAGUGGUUCCCCAUCCAAGUUAAACAAGAACCUGUUGAUAAAGGGUAUGAACAAACCAAUGGUUAUGAGUAUACCCACAAAGACAAAUCUGAGCCAAAAUCUGCUCACAGGGAUAAGAGGGAAGCAGGCCGGAGGAGAGAGACUUAUUCCAAAGAAGAGACUACCAUGGGAGAAGCUUCAAAUAUUUCUUCCGAGGAGGAAAGAUUUGUUGAACCUUCCACACUGAAACAAAGAUCUGAAACUAACAAAAGUCCACUACUAGACCAUUUGCCUCCUUCAGACCAACAUAUCCAAGAUGUAGUUUCCAAAAUAAAAUCAGAGCCUGGUCUAGAAAAAGAAAAUGAAAGCUCAUCUUUGCCUCCACCAUCCUCACAAACACCGCCAUUGUCAGGUGUGGAGAAACCACAGUCUCCUCAACACUCACCCCAUAAGAGUUUGUCAACAGUUUUUUCUGUCCUGCCAAAAAGGGAGGCAAAAGUCUCGCCACAUUCCUUCCCAAUCUCCACUGCCAGCAUGUUCCCAUUUUUUGUGGUUCCACCCUCUGCAUCACUGUCGGUACCAACAGACGAAGCCAGCUCAUCACACAGAAGGAGUGUUUCUGAGACACUUGCAAGUGAGGGAGAGUUGUCUGGACCACCGUAUUGUAAGAACUGUGAUAUCAGUUUUACCUACCUCUCUACUUUCAUUGCACACAAAAAAUACUACUGUACAGGACGUGCAAGUGUUCCACCCUCUGCAACUGCAUAGACAGCUGCAGCCUUGCAUGUUCUGUUAUGUCUAGAUUGUUUUCAAAGAUUAUGUUUUGAAGAUAUUGUUUUCUUUAAAAAUUUCAGUGAUUCCAAGCACAGAAUAAACAGGUACAAGUGUAAUCUGAUAAAAAUAAACUGUGUAUACAUGUUAUUGACAUAUUGUGCUUUCAGAAUAUAUUCAUGUUACUACCCUAAAAUUAUAGCUGGAUUGCAUAAACGUAUCAUUAAUCUUACACAACCCAUUUUAUAGAAAGGCAGGUCACAAGUAUGCAGGGGCAUAUGCACAUUUUGGGAAGGGAAAAAAAUUGAGAGAUCCUGAUAAAUGUGGCAACAGAUGUGAAGAUGUUUACAAAAGAAAACUAUAGCCAAGACUGGUAUUGGCUGACAUUUUAGUAUUGGUAGCACCAGUGAAUUCAUCUUUUACAGCAUCCUCUUGCUUUCAUAUGGCUAUUUACAUUUUAUUGAACCCUGGGAUUUCUUGUCCUAUUUCUGGUAUCACCUGUCUUGAUUUAAAGGCUGCACCAAACCAUCGAGUGACUGUGACCAUUAAUUUUCCGUGUCAGACACUAGUAGUUUAAAUUGUAGCACUUCUAGAUGCAGACCUUGAUAUAAUCUAGAUCCUAGUUUAAACCUAUUAAGGUGCAUCAACAAUACAUUUAUUUUUUAUUCAUGAAUAGAUGACUUUAGAAAUUAAGUUGCAUGGCAUUUCUCCAUGAGUUUUCUCAAACAACCUUUGCCAAAUCUUUUUUUUUUUCACCUUAAAUAGACAAAAAGCAAUUGCUGUCAAUAGUGAGAAGUGUCUGGUCAUUAUAAACUAUUAACCUAUUAUAUGACAAGAGUAAAUGUUUUUACAAGAGUAAAAGGAGCUGUUGAACAGUAAUUAUGUUACUGUAAUUCACUGAUAUUUGUUUUCAUAUUUUAAAAAAAGCAUUUUUCAAGCUGCAGGAAGAUCUAAUACUUGAAACCACUGCAUUAAUGAAUCUCUCAAGAAGGUUGCCUGAAAAUUAAAGGCAGCUCAAAUAAUGUUCACUGUCAUUUGCCGCAAACAGGAAUUAUUCUGCAAGUGUUUGGCUCACAUCACUAUUCAGUAUGGGAGACAAGGCCUAGGAGAAGCUUAGAAUCAAUGCUCUACCAGAUGCCUUGAUAAGGGAAAGGAUAACACAUUUUGAUUAUGGAUAAAAAAAAAAAAAUUACACAUUAAGAUAUUUAGAAGCAUUGACAAAUCCUUGCUUAUAAUGUGCAGCUUAUUCAAUUGAAAAUUACUAGACUAGCUGCAGAUGAUAUAAUCCAUGUAUCUGCCGAUACUAGUAAAGAUAUACAUAUGAAUUGAUACCUUUUCAAGAAAUUCUUUUUCUUGAAUGCAUUAGGGAUACCUCAUGUUCAAGCUGAUUUUUGCUACAUUGGUUCUGCCACAUAAUAGUCACCUAGCAAUAUAAACAUCUACUGGCACUUUGGUAGUCUCAAGAUAGCUUUUACAGUUAUACACAACUAGCCUCUUCUGUAAAAAUAAUUUUGUUAAUCUCAGCAUUGCACAGCAAACUUAAGCUUAUAAGCAUGGUUGCAAGAUCCCAUUGCCAUAGAUUUUAAAUAGAUGGGGAAAUGAGCAAGGUUAGAAAGAACCUGCAGUUUUUUGGUUUCAUGCAGUAGGCCAAGUCUCUUACAAACAAGGACAGCAGUUAAGACAGAUGUGGAUCCACUUGAAGAAAUAACAUGGGAUGUAUGGAUUCACAUGAAAGGACAUUAGUCCUAGAACCAGUACAGGCCAGGUUUCAGUAUUCAAGACUGUGAAGUAUAUUCUAUAACAUGACAAUGAAUUCAUAAAUAACAAAUAGCAAGAAUUAACUUCCAGGUUGGAACGUUACAUCCAUCCAAUUCAUGGUAUCCACUGAAGAUUCCUUAAGCCUUUCCACUAAAACACUAAGUUAACCUUUAAGUUUCAUCGUACUAAACUAUCAGAAUUCUGAUUUUAUUCUUUUACGGUAUAUAGCCUUAAAGUACAUUUCUAAAGUAUGAAUAAUAUGAUAAGGUGGAGCUCUAUUUAACUCUGAUAACCUUAUCUAGUUCAGGUGAUGAUAUCUUGAGUUCAGCUUAUCAUGAUAGUAAAGACAUUACAGACACAAAAUGAAAAAUUGCCAGCAAGUCUAGUGUACUUCAUAGGCUAUGGAAUUUUCAAGUGCGGCUUAUAAAAGAAGCUGGUGGUAACUUUAAAAUAGCAGUUAUGGAAGAAAUUACAUUGAAAGUCCAUAAUCUACUGCAGAAGCUAAGCUAGCAUCGCUAAGCUGAGGCAAGUGGUAAUCAGUCUUAAUAGAAGGUAUAAAUUAAUGAAACAUGUAAAUAUUUGACCUAUUUUAUAACCAGUGACACAUAUACUGAGGCUUAUCAGUCUUCAAAACUAAUCAUACAUUUUAACAUAUGCAAUAAUUAUAUUCAUGUAUAGAAAAAGUCAACUGUGAACCAUCAAGAAAAUUCCUGAACAUUUGAUGAGUAUGUAAAUGAGUGUUAUAAUGACUAGAAUGUUUUUUUUGGGUGUACAAAUUUGUGUCCUGUAAAUAUUAUUAAAAUGUGCUUUGUUAGUCUGUAUAUUUGUGUAAAAAUGUUCCUUGAAACCUUAUUUAUUACUAUGGUUUCCUCUUUGAAAAGCUUUAAAAUUGCACACCACGUAUAGUUUAAAUGUGCUGUAUAGUGCAGUCAGUUCAAUGUACUUUCAUAACUGAUCAUGAUAGUUAAGUCCCCAUUUCUGUAUAUUAUGCUGAAGGCCCUUUCUGUCCCUGUUGUAUUUGUAGUAUACUUAAUGGUACUGUAAGUGAUAUACAAGGAAAAUAAUUUUGUUUUCCUUCUCUCAAUACAUGUUAUGCUAAGCUACUUAAACUGUAUUUAAUGCUUCUAAACUGUCACAGAUAUCAUGUUCAGAUGUACUGAGACAAUUCCUGAAAUGCUUGGAACAUACUCUAUUAGUUUCUCAUGGUGACUGUUUUUUCAUUGUAAAAUGCGAAAAAAGCCAGCAUUUUUCAAGUGAUACAGAUACACUACAUUUCUGAUAACAUGUUGAAAGCAGAAGCAAGAAAAUACAAAAUCUAAGAUCUAUUUCUUAACACAGAAUUGCCAAGGAACAAAUGUUCUCCACAUGUGCUUGUGAAAGAGACUGUAUCAGUUUUUCCACAGUGAAACAGAAAUAAAAUUAUUGCCUAUUAGUGUAUUUGGUGCACUAUUAUUGAUGCCAUUAUGGUAUUACAAAAAACAAAGAGGCAGUUUGGCCUGCGAAUGCUUAUGUGAAAAGAAUAUUUAUGUAUUUGACAUAUCUAAACUUAUGAAAGCAAAAUACUUUCUGCUACACAACACAAAAGCAAAUGUUUGAAACUGUCUUCCUGUUCAGCUUCAUCAGAGUAUAAAUGUUAUAGCUGUUGCCAUGUUCAAAUGGAACAUUAUCCUUGUAUGUUAUUUCUUUUUUAGGGUCUUCCAUCUUCCCAUAGAUAUCAUUUCUGAUCUUCCGUACUGCCAGGUGGAAUAUGCAUUCACUACCAUUGCAUUUAUUUGUUUGUGAUAUGAAGCAAUAAAUUCCCUUACACAAUAUU